AUAAAGCUCCUACAAAUAGAGUACCAAAUUAACACUCGUCAAGUGCCAGUAAGGCCACAAAUGGAAAUGAAUGGCUUUUUUGGUUUCCUUAAAAACUCCUACACACCUAUCUUGCCCAGAUCUGGUUUGAGUUUCGAAAUGUCAGGCCAACAACUAAACCAUCCCAGCGGGUAGAGGCUCAUUAGUUCGCUCAGGCAGAUGGUGGUGCGGUAGGAACAGGAUGGUGUGCUGUACUACAUAUGUGCCACGUCUGUGAGGAAACUGCUGGACGUUACUGGACAGCUGUAGAGCUUUAUCACUGUGACCGGCCCUCCCAAAUCCCACGACAACUCGGUGGAGAAAUUCAGUCCAGCACUUGUGAGAUGCAACAAGAAAAACAAGUUUUGGCAGUGCCCUAUCAGUACGAGUGCCAAAUCAAAAGCACCUGUUGUAAGACUCUUCUACUCUUUGCCAAAACCAUAAACAAACACGCCACACCAACUGCCAGUUUUGUCUUUCAAAGAAAAAUAAGACAUCAACGGCAUCACCUCAUGCGACUUUAGAGAAUACGCGACAGAAGCCCCAGGCCCUGGUUCAGAGAUGUUUCCAACUGCUCUUCCUACUCGAAAGCGUCGGCGGCCUGAAGUUGCCUUCGCUCGGGGUCGUGAGGAGGUGAAGUUCAGGGAUGUGACUCUGUACCUGGUGGAGAGGAGGAUGGGAAAAAGCAGGAGGAAUUUUCUGUCUAAUCUUGCCAGAUCAAAGGGCUUCUGUGUUGACGACGCUCUCAGCGCUGAUGUGACGCACGUGGUGUCGGAGGGGAACGCAGCGCAGGAGCUCUGGAACUGGCUGGAGGAGCAGGGGUUUGGAGAGAUGCGCGAUAAACAUGUGCUGCACAUCAGCUGGUUUACUGAGAGCAUGAGCGCCGGACGGCCCGUGCCUGUGGAAAUCAGACAUUACAUACAAAAUCCCGCUGUGGAUCAGAGGUUGUGUGCACAUCCAUCAGCCAAACCUGACUCUGCUGUGUCUCCGUACGCUUGCCAGAGACGAACAACAUUAAACAACCAAAAUAAGAUCUUUACUGAUGCGUUGGAGGUCCUGGCGGAGAACCUGGAGUUCUGUGGCGAUCAGGGGCCGAACAUGGCGUUCCGGAGGGCCGCGUCCGUUCUCAAGAGCCUCCCUGCUGGCCUGCGUCGCCUGGAGGACACGCAGCAUCUGCCCUGCCUGGGAGAACACAGCAGGGCCAUCAUAGAGGAGAUCUUUGAAUGCGGAUCUUCCUCCAGAGUUGAAGAGAUACUGAAUGAUGAGAGGUAUCGGACUAUGAAGUUGUUCAGCAGUGUCUUCGGGGUCGGACCCAAAACGGCGGAGAACUGGUUUUGUAGAGGACUGCGGACGUUCGAACAGGUCCUGAGCGAGCCCAGCAUCAGAUUGAACCGCAUGCAGACCGCAGGGUUCUUGUUUUAUGAGGACAUCAGUAAGCCGGUGAGCAGGACAGAAGCCAGUGCACUGAAGAUUAUAGUGGAGGAAGCUGUUAUCUUUGUCAACCCUUCCGCCACCGUCAGCAUUACAGGAGGAUUCCGCAGGGGGAAGGAGUUCGGUCACGACGUGGACUUCAUCAUAAAAACCCCUGAGGCCGGACAGGAGGACACGAUUUUGCCCGCGGUGAUUGAACGAUUCAAAAGCCAGAACAUCCUGCUGUACUCAGACCUCCAGGAGUCGACCUUUGACCUGCGGCAGCUGCCGACCCAACGUUUCGAGGCCAUGGAUCAUUUCAGCAAGUGUUUCCUGAUAGUGAAGCUGAAGUGCGAGCAGGAGACGGACGCGAGAGCGGCUCGGGACUGGAAAGCCAUACGGGUGGAUCUGGUGGCUCCUCCACUGGAGCGUUACGCUUACGCCCUGCUGGGAUGGACGGGAUCCACGCUGUUUGAAAGAGACCUGAGACGUUUCGCAAGGUUGGAGCGAGGAAAACUGCUGGACAAUCACGUGCUGUACGACAAAGCAACGAAUACCUUCUUGCCUGCUAACACGGAAGAGGACAUCUUUGCCCAUUUGGGUUUAGAGUAUAUUGAACCUUGGCAACGAAAUGCCUAGUUUCAGUCUCUGCUCUGUGAAGCCUGCUGAUGUUCUGGACAGAUUCAACACCCUCCACAUGACGCCGAUGCUGAUUCACACUCAAACAACCGCAGUAUGAUUUCAUCAGCCAGUGUGAGCAUUAUUGAUAGUUCACAAAGUUCUGUUUUCUUUUUUUUUAAAAUACACAUACAGCAACACCCAAAAGUAUUUGGACACACUUACAAAUGUCUAAAUGUCCAUGCAUUAGCUGAUUAUUUAAAAGAAAGAUGCACAAGCACACUUUUCAAGCAAAGCAUUUAACAAAAACUGUCAUUUCUGUUGUGCAAAAUGAAAAUGCAAAAAUAAUGAUGGAUGAAAUCGAAUCCCACUCAUGUUUUGUUUGGAAAUACACUACAGUUCAAUUUUUUUAAAAAGUAGUCUCUUAUAUUCACCAAGGCUGCUUUUAUUUGGUCAAAAUGAAGUAAAAAUUGUGAAAUAUUAUUGUAAUAUACAAUAGCUGUUUUCCAUGUGAAUAUCUGGUAAAAUGUAAUUUAUUUCUGUGAUCAAAGCUGAAUUUUCAACAUCUUUACUUCAGUCUUCAGUGUCACAUGAUAUUCUAAUAUACUGAUCUGAUGUAGAAAACUUCAAAACAAUUAUCAAUGUUGAGAACAGAUGUGCUGCCCAAUAUUUUUGUGAAAAAUGUGAUGCAUUUAAUUUUUUUAGGAUUAUUUUAGGAUUCUUUUUUUAGAAAGUUCAAAAGAACAGCAUUUAUUUAAAAUAGAAAUCAUUUGUAACAUUAUAAAUGCCUUUACUGUCACUUUUGAUAUCAGUUAUUAAAAUAAUGCAUCCUUGUUGAAUACAAGUAUUCCUUUCCAAAAAAAAAAAAAAAAAGAAAAAAACUUACUGAACCCAAACUUUUGAACUGUAGUGUAUGUCCAAUUAUAACAUUUAAAAUGGGUUGCAAAAUUAACUUUAAACUGUGGUUUGGCUUAAACUGUGUUUUUUAAGAUUUAAUUAGACGAUUAUUCAACUUUUUCUUCUCUUAGUCUUAGUUUAGUUAGUAGCGUUGCAUGAUAUUACAUCAGAACAGCUUUUUUUGUCAAUAGACCCUUUGAACAUUAGUGAAGGUUAAUCAAAAUGUGAUUUAAAUUAGUAGAAAUUAUCACGAGCUGGCUGUAUAUGUAAACAGCUUUUUUUUUUUUUUUAAAUGUAUCUGUUAAUUAUAAUGAAAAUAAUGUAACACUGUUACUCUGUGAUGCAUCACGCAUACUUGCUAACACGAAACAGUUUAAGAAUUUUUGCAAGGUUCUCUCAAAUGUAUAUACAAAUGCUCUUCCAGUAAUGUUGAUUAAAGGUUUGU